AUGAAGUGCUACUGUGCUGUUGUUGUGUUGCUGGCUCUGGCAUUGUUCGGCCAGAGCAGCUUUGCCGAGCAGGUGUCGUACCGCGACUACAAAGUCUACAGCAUCAAUGUGGACAGUGUGGAGAAGCAUACUAUUCUUAAGCAGUGGCAAGACAUCCGGGGUGUCGAUUUCUGGGAUCGUGCCGGGUACCGUGUGAUGGUGCAUCCGAGCCUGCAGGAAGCCUUCGAGCGAUUCCUCAGCGUGAACCGGUUCAGCUACGAGCGAAUUAUUGAGGAUGUGGAAGCUACGAUCGAGGCGGAGCGCAAAUACGAUCAGGAGUACCGCCGGCGCAAGGCUGCCUCCGGACGUGCUACGGUCGAUUUUGAGCACUUCUGGACGAACGCUGAAAUUAACGCGUACUUGGACGAGCUCGCCCAGACGUACCCGAAUCUGGUCAGCGUAGAAACGAUCGGAAACACUCACCUGGGACGUCCGAUCAAAUCCAUUACGAUCUCGACCAACAAUGGAGUCGCUGGUUCGAAGCCGGUUGUGUUUAUCGAUGGUGGUAUCCACGCACGCGAGUGGGCCGCUAUAAUGUCCGUGGUUUAUUUGAUUCACGAGCUGGUUGAGCACUCGAGCAGCUACGCCGACAUGCUGAACAAGGACUGGGUUAUCGUGCCCGUCGCCAAUCCGGAUGGGUACGAGUUCUCGCACACGGACAACCGUAUGUGGCGCAAGAACCGCUUCCCGGCCACGAUCCUCUGUACCGGUAUUGAUCUGAACCGCAACUGGGACUACGAGUGGGUGUUCAGCAGCAAUGCAUGCUCUGACUCGUACGCUGGCGAAUCGGCCUUCUCGGAGUUGGAGACGCAAGCGCUGAACCGCGUUAUGCAGCGAUAUGGUUCCAACAUUGCCCUGUAUCUGGCGGUCCACACCUACGGUGACAUGAUCCUGUACCCGUACGGCUAUGCGUGGCCCUUCAUCCCGGUAACGAACCAGGCCGCCCACAUCGCACUCGGUGAGCAGGCGCGUGAUGCGGUCACCGCCGUCGGUGGUCCACGGUACGUCGUUGGUAACAGUGCCGAAAUUCUGUACACGGCCAACGGUUGCAGUGACGAUUAUGCUGCCGGUGUCAUCGGUGCCGGGUUCGCAUACACGCUCGAGCUGACCGGCGGUGGCAGCCAAGGGUUCGAUCUACCCGCUUCGCAAAUUUCGGCCGUCGCCACCCAAACCUUCCAGAUCUUCCGUACCAUGGUGAACAAUGUCUAG